GCUUUUAUAAGAGAUGUGUGCAUCGUUUCCGACCGUUUAUUAAAUUAAUGACUUGACAGUGGCACACAUCAGUGUUAUUAUUCCGUGUCGGUGCGCCUUCCAAGAUGCCCACUUGCACAUCUGAAAGUUUAUCACGAGUGUGGCCGAGCAACGAGAGCAUCCAUGCCGGCAGCAUCAGCAGCAGCUCCGGCUUCCAAAGCCCCAGCUCGCCGAACUCGCUCUCGCCCAUCUCCACGUCCCCGGACAGCACCCUGCGAAGAAGGCGGCUGCGAAGAACGGUUUCCGCCGGUGCCGUCAUCCAGGAGCCUUUUGUGAUCCGCUCAGACUGCAGGGACUCGCGAAGCCAGAGUCCGGUCGUGAACCAGAGAGAAGAAGAGGAUGAGUCGUUCUCGGCCCUUGCGGAUAUCAUAGGGUGGUAUCCUUGCUUUCUCCUCAGGAUUGCGAAGGCGGUAGUUCUGGCGGUUUUGCCCCAGACGUGGAGACAGCUGGUUUUCGCCUUGCCGAUGCUGUGGAUCUCCAUGUGGGUUUGGUUCUUCACGCAAUUAAUCAAUUUGCCGUGGACUGUGAUCAAGAUGCUUCUAUCGAUUGUUUUGUCGCCUAGCAGCGAAAGAACUCGUAAGAAGAGGACGGUUCUGAUCAGUGGAGGCAGUACCAUUCAAGCUCUACAUCUAGCCAGGAAUUUCUACUCAGCGGGUGCUAGAGUCGUGGUCUGCGAAGUCGAUGGGUUGUUUGCUUUGACACGAUUCUCAACUGCCGUGAGUCGCUUUUAUACAGUACCUAAACCCACGAGUGACCAGCAGCAGAACUACGUGAGGGCUUUAUGCGAGAUCGUGGAUAAAGAACAAGCGGUUUAUUACAUUCCGGUUAGUUCGACGACGUCGGCGUACUUUGAUGCUGUGGCCAAACCCCACUUGGAGCUUCUCGGGUGUAGUUGUUUCUGCCCCGGAAUCAAAGAAGUCUGGGCGCUUGACGAUACCCUCGAGGUACUAAAACGGUGUCAGAAGUACUCCAUCCCCACACCCACUUAUCACGCCGUCACGUCACGCGAAGAUGUAUACCAGUUGUACGACACGGGCGCUAUCCGAAUGGGUCGGUACAUCAUGACCACAGCCGGACCCAGCGGGUUGCGCGAACGCUCCAAAAUGAUCCUCCCGGUGUCCCGAGCCGAUUUAAAACUACCCAACGACUUGAGCGAGCAGCGACCAUGGGUGGUCGUCCAGGACGUCGAAGGCGACCAUUUCUUGACAUGCACAACCAUCAAGCAAUCACAGGUGAUUGCAAAUGUGACUUGUCGCAUGGACAAGACCAACAACGGGUUAGUACCCAUCGAACAUAAAGAAAUCAACACUUGGUUGACCAACUUCUUCAAUAAGUUGAAUUUGUUGAGACCCAUCACGGGACACGUGAGCUUCAGGUUUGUCGUACCGAAGGAUAGUGGUACUAUAAUACCGCUGAGUAGCCGAGUUGGGGUUUCGCUGCCCUAUAUUUGCUACACGAAUGUUCAUCCAAGGUUGCUGUGGAAGCCGUGCAGGCACUUCAGUCGCCAGAACUCCGGGCCUUUGAUUAGUGAGAAUGGAAGGUACUGGAUGAGCGAAACCGUGAUGACGACCAUCCGGAACCCGAACCUAGAGGCUGUUACUAGGCUGAUUGGUACCGUUAUUGAUAAGAGGGAGGCUUUGUUUGCGAUUUGGGAUCCGUUGCCGUACUGUGCCUACUACCAUAUGUUGUUGCCGUUCAAGAAUAUGUUGGGGUUCAUGCAGAGGCGACAAGAUAGUUUCCCAAGGCCGAUGACAAACCCGGUGCGUUAGUGACCAUUAUCUCAUUAGGAGAGAGAAUACAGCCUGAGUAUUGUUACGGUUGGGUUUGAGUGUAUGGACGUUGCGAUUAUUUAUUUCUGACCAUUGGUUAACAAAGGUCGCAUUUAUUUAUACGGAUUAUAGACACUUGUACAAACUUCAUAUUCAUUGUUGUUUUUUAUUGUUGUAAUUGUAUAUAUUGUGUAUAUACAAGUUAGUAUGUUACAUUAACUGCUCGAUUUAGUAAACCGACUUAAGUACAAUGAUUAAGUCUUGUUUUGUAUCUUUAAUAAAAUACUCAUCAGUGA